CUGAGCUGACGGUGUUCACCCAGCGCUCGGAAAACCGGAAGCGGAAGUUCUAGUGCCCGGAGCGGCCAUAUUGGAAGCGGGGGAGGAAAUAGACAGGAGGAGAAAGAGAAGAGAGGAGUGCGCUGACCCCGGGCUGAGAGGUGAGGAGACAGCAGAUGAGCAGCAACAGUAACAAGAGAGCACCAACCACUGCAACCCAAAGGCUAAAGCAGGAUUAUUUAAGGAUCAAAAAAGACCCAGUGCCUUACAUCUGCGCUGAACCCCUUCCUUCCAAUAUUUUGGAAUGGCAUUAUGUGGUCCAUGGACCUGAGAUGACACCUUAUGAAGGUGGCUACUAUCACGGAAAGCUAAUAUUCCCCAGAGAAUUCCCAUUCAAACCUCCUAGUAUUUAUAUGAUAACUCCUAAUGGACGGUUUAAGUGUAACACACGACUCUGCCUUUCAAUCACAGACUUCCAUCCCGACACUUGGAAUCCGGCAUGGUCAGUAUCCACAAUCCUCACAGGGCUCCUCAGCUUUAUGGUGGAGAAAGGACCCACACUGGGCAGCAUAGAGACCUCAGACUUUACAAAGCGACAACUUGCAGCACAAAGUUUAGCAUAUAACCUAAAGGAUAAAGUUUUCUGUGAGCUUUUCCCAGAGGUAGUAGAGGAAAUAAAACAGAAGCAACGAGUGCAAGAAGAGUUAAACAACCGGCCGCAAACACUUCCUCUCCCUGACGUAGUGCCCGACACGGAAGCUCACAUCGGUCAAAACGGCGCUGCACUUUUAAAUGGUCAUGUCCCUCUGGCAGCAGCAAAUCACCCGGGUCUACAACAGCCAAACCGUAACCAUGGACUCUUGGGGGGCGCAUUGGCCAAUGUCUUUGUCAUAGUGGGUUUUGCUGCCUUUGCCUACACAGUCAAGUAUGUACUGAGAAGCAUAGCUCAGGAAUGAUGGGCUUGCCAAGAAUGCCAAUAAGAAUCGGAGACCAAACUAGCGCUAGUCGGAGAGAGCAAACAGGACUGCUAGGAGUCGGACUUGCUCGGCACCACGCUCGGGUUACUACUAUUCGUGCUACUGUUGUGCAAAGUGAUAAAUGGUUGGCUCUUGGGUUUAAUAUUAUAAUUUUUUUAGAACAUGAGAUGAGUGGUUGCGUGUUUUCCAUGGCAGAAAAUGCAAUUAGAGAACCUGUUCUAUAUUGACUACUGUCUCUGGCGAGGUGUUCUCUUCUACCAUCCAACUUAGUGCAUAGAAAACUGGUGACCCAUACUGCAAGAUGUUCUUUGGGCCAAGGAGAAAGACCUAUCCUCUUGAUGGUGUGGCCCUUGGCUACCAUCCACUGCUUACCCCUUCAAUUAUACAGGUUCUGACGGAUUGUCCUUUUUUUCUGGACAGCGGUGACAAGUUCCAGCGUCUAACUGUUUGCGUCUCUAUCUUAACUUUUUUUAAGUUGCUGUAUGUAUUAGGAAUGACAGUGAGGUGUAUUUUAUGAUUGAUUAUAUCAGUUAAUUUAUAUCCUAAUAAAACGGGGAAUUACCUUUUAUUAGAUCACACUUACCAUCCUAGAACAACUGCUGCUUCUGCUGCCAAAUGGGCUUAUCUAUAAGAAAAUCAGUAGAAACCUGACAUAAUGUUCUCUAGGACCCCAGAAGUCUUGGUGAGACAUAUCUCCAAAUCCUUUGGCCCUAUGAUGGAAAAUGUGGACAUUUUGAGGAACAAUCCAGUUUUAAGACGGAUGCUUGGAUUUGGCCAAUGUAAGUUAGCUCUCCUGUUUUAGAUUAGAUAAAAUAAAAUAAUAAUCGUAAAAGUUCCAAAGCACCUUUUCUUAUCACUAUGCAUUGUACAGUUAUUCCUCCUCUGUCAUUCCUCCAGGAAAUGUAUUACUAUUUUCCGAUAUCAAUAAGGUUUACCCCCCCCCCCCCCCCCCCCCACCACCAGAGAGGAGGAAAUCUCCCAAAAUGAGUCUGUCGUUCAAGUUACUCUAAUCAGCUGUCAUACUCCCAUUUGGGGUUGGCAGUAGUACUGGAGCAGGGACACCUGUCAAACACAGGAGUCCCUGCUUCUGUACAUUGAGUGGUGAGGCUUGCACUAUAUGCUUCAUUGUCUGGUUAACAUCUGUUGGCUUGGGCCCAAAGCAGGACGUAAGCAGUUAAGCAUGCAGCAUCAUUCCUUAACUUUGGAGCAAAUUUUAAUUAAGUGAAAAGAUAUACAGUGUAUGCUAUCCGCUGUGUGUGCAAAAGCAGGGACUCCUGUCUUUGAGAAGAGUCCUGGCUCCUGUAAGUGAUUUGCCUGAUAAAUACCAAAUCAUUUUGUGGAGCCAAUUCAUUUUUGGGAAAUUUGGGAUAAAUCUAAUUAGCUUAGAAUUGGUAUCACAGGGGAACAACCAGAGGUAUUGGAAUAACAGAGCAACACUACAAUGCAGAGUUCUAAGAAAAGAUGAACUGUAAUUUCAGCAGGUCCUCUUUGUAGCAGUCUUCCUCUGUAGACAGAGAUGGGGGUACACGUGAUGUAAAUGGCACAGGAUUUCUCCAUGAUGUGUAGGUGACGUGACCUAUUUUAUAAAGCGUAGCACUUCAGACUUGUGAGGCCAUCAGAAGCCUCGGUAGAUGAUUUCUAAUGUCUUAAUGAAUUAUAAACUUAAAAUCUGAAAGCAAUCACCACAAUUGUGACGUAUUGACAUUUUUGUAUAUUCACUGUGCUAGCAAAUGUACUGAGUUUUAUAAACUUAAUUUCUUCUGCACUCCAAACUCUCCUUGUGGUAUAGUAUCCUCUGCAUUGUGCCAAUAACAUAGAAUGGUUAUUGUGCUAGGAAGUGAUAAAUGGACAGAUGAAAGGUGGGGAGGAGGUCUUGCCUGUUAUGGUAUAUUGUAUUCCCCCCUCCCUUGCAUCUCAGGAGCGGGGGUCUUUUUGCUUCUAAAUGUCUUGAUGGAUAUGGAUCCUGGCCUGCUUGUAAUUCUGAUGACCCAUGAUUUUGCUGUUGGAUGCUGUAAAGGCCUGCACACUUAGUUCCAGUGAUUUGUGGAUGCUGGAUCCUUUGCAGUGCUGGAUCUAUAGAUCACCUGAAAUAGUUACUGGAUAGGCUGGAUCAAAACAGCUGCAUACGAUGUUUCUUGAUCUGUUGUCUGCCCCCAGACAGCGACUCUGCUGGACAACUAGGCCGAUGUGAACCCAGCCCUAAUUUUGGGGCAUUAAAGGGGAACUCUACUGGCCAGCGUAUGGUACUAAAUGUUCUGAAUGCUGUUUUCGUGCUGCAGGGGUCAGCCACAACCCCCUGUGAUGUCAUGACCGCCCCCUCACUGCAAGCCUAUGGGAGG